UGGAGGGUGGCACAACGCCUGUACCCUAAGACACAAUACUUUUGCUUGAGGCUGUGAGCGCAUGGUUGUGUCUGAAGGCAAAUCCACAUUUUUAACAACUUAGAUCUUCUCGCAUUUGGACUCAACACUGGACACCCCACGUCGACACUUUACCCUGAAGCAAAGAAAUGAAUAUCUGCAAAAAGAUACAAGAGGCAGUCUCCCGAAGAAAAUCACAUCCUAUAAUACAGUAUAUAAUUAACAACAAACUCAACAAGCUUAAAAAGGCACUGAAGGACAACAACAUUAAUGCAUUUUACCCCUGCACAGAGUGGAAUGACUAUAUAACCCCACUGAUUGCUGCUGUUGUAAAUCACAACAGGGAUAUUUUUCAUUUCCUUUUGGAGCAGGGUGCAGACCCAAACAUACCUUCUCAAUCUGACUUAACACCUUUGCAUUAUGUCUCACUAUACAAAGCACCACUUCUUUUUGUGGAGAAACUCCUUGAAGCAAAAGCCAGUCCAAAUGGAUGUAAUCUACACCGAUUCACACCGGUGCAAACUGCUGCCAUCAAUGACAGGGAUGAUGUCUUGAAGCUGCUCAUAUCUGCUGGUGCACUGGUAACAUUGUUACCUCUCACUGAUCCUGAACAUAUUAUUUACAAUAAAAAAAUAUCUGAGAUGAUUCAUAACCUUGCAUCAAAAGGAGAUGAAAUAUGCUCCAAAAUCAGAUAUUUCAUGGAGUUGGAAAUUGCUCUCCAAGAGAAACCACCUGAAGAAGUUUUCAAAAUAUUUGACAGUCACAUGUUGCGGGAGCACCCUCAGACUCAUCUGACCAUGAUUGAAAUGCUCUUUGAUGUAAUUGUGCCGGAUGCAGAAAUAUACCACCAGGGAAGUGUUAAUUGGGUGAAGGACAAUCUGAACCCCUACAUUGCAAGUGCAGUUUGUCGCUUUCCAAACAUCCCUGAGACAAAUGUAAUUAAGGCAAUUAAGAGUUUAUGUGCAGUUUUCCAAGCAAUGGAAGACAUACCAAAUGAGCAAGCUUUGGCUAUAAUCCCAGAACUACUGGAACAGCUUUGUUCAAAAGAGAAACUUGCUUUAUAUCGAGUUGUUCUGGAAACACUGUCGGCAAUAACACAAAAAACAAAAGGCACAGAUGACUGGGAUCCCAUCCUUAUUAAGAUGUUAUGUCAAAAAGUCCUUUUGUAGAUAUCAAGCAGUCCCAUGCCAUUAUAAAAUCCACAUUAAGCAUUUUAGCAAAGUUACUUUCAGUUGAACAUGUGGCUGACAUGUUAAAAGCACUGGAGUUAACUUCAGUACCCGAGGACAUACUGACAGAGAAUGACCAGCUGAAAGAAGAAGAAAUCAAUCAACUGAAAUCCCAUUUCAGCACUCCAAAUGUGAAAUAUGACCUGUCACCUGGAAAGAAAAAGUCAGAAAAACAAGAAGACCCAACUGAUGAAGUUUGCAAUACUGCAACUGCAGCAGCUCCUAUUGUGGAGUCAACUUCAAAUGCUAAUCCACACAAAUGGCUGCAGAUCAGCAAGAGGUGGAGGGAAAAGUUAGAGAAGCUUAUUAGCUCUAGUGAAAGUAAAGUCACCAGGGUUGGAAGCCUGAUUUAUGUGAAUAAAGAAGAAUUCCGCAUAGCAAAGAGAAGUGAUGGUACUGAAGUCUUCUUGGGGCUGAUGGGGCGGAGAUGACGGCACUGAAGUUGCUAUUAAGAGAAUGUCUAAAUGCAACUAUCAAGUGCUGAAGAAUGAAGAGGGAUUUCUGCGACUUCCAGAGCUUGAUCAUCCAUCUAUUGUACGAUACGUUGACUUUGCAGAGGAUGAGAACUUUGGAUAUCUUGCUCUUCAACUUUGCGAAUUUACGCUUGAAGAAUACAUAGAAAUAAAUUAUGAAAGU